UCAUUAUCGUGUGCUCGAGGUACAGCUUUUCAGUCACAGACUGUACAUUGAGAGUUACUGUCAUAAAGUUUGGUCUAUUUACAACAUUUUCUGUUCAAUUGCUUUUCCCUGAGCACAUUGAAUAUGUUUCAACAUUUCUUUGGAUUUGUAUAUCUCUCUGCAGUUUCACAGCUUGUGAGUCUCAGAGGUGCACAAGCUGAUUGUCCUGUUCAGUUCAGCCAGCAGCGUGUUGUUGUGAGAUACAAAGGUUCUGUAGCAGUUAACUGUAGCACUUCAGUCACACAUAAAGGGAUGGGAUUGGAAGCCAGUGAAGGAGCAGUGCCCUUAACCAGUAACAGUCUGAUCACAUGGAGAGUGUCACACCUGACAGAAUGGGACAUACACCCAUUCUGCUUCAUAAACUAUGAGGGACAGUGUGUAGUAGAGCUCCCAGUCACUAUUUACAAGACUCCAGACAGUGUGUCCAUCAGCUUUGUGAAUCACAGAGGACCAAUGAUAGAGGGACGGCAGUAUGAGCUUCAGUGUGAUGUUCACGAUGUGGCUCCUGUUCAGUAUCUCACUGUCAAAUGGUAUAAAGGACAGACUCUGCUGGAUCAAACCAACUUCACUGAGGAUAGCAGGACUCCAGUGAAUGUAACCACCACACUCCUGAUCCGUCCAGUCAGAGCUGAUGAUGGAGCUCAAUACUGGUGUGAAGCAGAGCUGGAUCUGGGAGCAGAAGGACCUCAACCUCCUCCAAAAGAAACAUCAGACCCUCUCUACAUUACUGUACAUUAUAAACCAAAACACUCCAGUUCAACAGAGUUCAACAUCAUUCAAAAGGAUGAGGUUAAACUAACGCUAAACUGUACAGUGAAAGCAAACCCGGCUCCUACAUACACAUGGCACUCAGAUCAUCUGAAAGAGGAGAUAAGCUCCUCAGUGCUCCAGUCCUCCACACUCAGUCCAGGAAACUACAUGUGCCACGCCACAAACUAUCUGGGAAGUGACAGCAAAGUGUUCAUCUUUGAAUCUACAGGUGGUCGUCCCACAUUCUGGACUGUUCUUAUUUUCUUCCAGUUGCUGGUUGCAUUGAUCAUUGCCAUUUAACUCUUUUAAGUGUUUUCA